GCAGGAGUGCCCUCAAACUGCGAUUGAAUUCUUUUUCACGUGUCAAAUCGCGCAAGAUGCCUGCAGAAAAGCCUUUCGUGUUCUCAGCUCGCAUUAUUGCAGCCGUGCACAGGGAGACACCAAAACUCAAGACGUUCAUGAUGUCAGUGCUGUGGUCAGAUGAGAAUGAAGUGAUUGUCUACAGGUCUUAUGAUGAUUUCAAGAACUUACAUAGGCAGCUGAAGAAGAAGUUUCCCCUAUUCAACCCUUCACAGAAUAACUGCAGAAUGAUCCCAAAAUUUAGAGGGGAGGCUCAGACGAACGGCCUCCAGCAGAGAGGCUCGACGCGAUCUAUCCAACGGAUGAAGGCCUUGGCGAGCUACUGCAACAAGCUGCUCAUGGGUGACCAAAUGGUCACUUGUAGUUCAGAGGUCACCCAGUUUUUCACGCCACUCGACCGCGACACGGACCAAGACUUCACCAAGAACAGCGCCAUGAUCCUGCUGUCAGAUGUCAGCUUGGGGGGAGGAGGAGGAUUAGGAGGAGGAGGAAGAGUUGGGGACGGAGGAGGUUUCGCUGUCACUCGGCCGUUUGUCACCGAGACGUACCGCUGUGUGGCUGCCUACGAGACCAAAGACACCAAGAACCGCCCCUUUAAAGUGGCCCUGGAUGAAACAUUGGAAGUCCUGAUUAAGGACCCUGCUGGUUGGUGGUUGGUGGAAAAUGAAGACAAGUGUAUUGCCUGGUUUCCUGCUCCCUAUCUGGAAAAAGAAAAGGAUGAUGAAAGAGUAUUUCAGCAGGAAGGUGCUCUCUGCUGUGCUGUGAGGAAUUACUUUACCAAGAAGGCUGACGAGGUGUCAGUGCCCAUUGGCUCUGUGGUGGAGGUGCUUAGAAUGACUGACGAUGGCUGGUGGCUCACCAGAUACAAUGGCAAGGUGGGCUACGUCCCCUCCAUGUACCUCCAACCCUACAACAACCCUCGUACGGGACUUUUCAACUUACAGAGUAAGCUGAAUAGAUCCACCCUCAACCAGACCAUCAGCGGGGUACCUCUGGAUGCUUCUCCUUCUUCUUCAGCCCAGCUCGUCAGGGAAACCCAUGCAGGGCGACGUUCUGCAGUCCAGCCCAGAGCUCAAUCUAGUGGGCGUGGUUAUCUGGCCAAAGCCAGAUCUAUGGAACGUCUGUCAGAGACCGGAACGCAGACUGCUAUGCCCGCCCGGGUUGAGGUGAAUGAUACCCGCUUAACCAGCCGCCUUCGUAGCAUCAGCACGAGUUCAAGCACAGAGUCGACCUUCUCCUCGGUCAGCAGCUCGCCUUCACGUUCGAGAGCAGACGUGUUGGGACCCUCCCCUCGACAGAGUGUCAACCCGAGCGAGCACAGAAACCAGGAGCGUCGCAACUCCAGCUCCAGUUUUAUGAGUUAUGCAAGUUCUGGGAGUUCUGGGAGCUUCAGUUCUAGAGGCAGCGACACGGGCCCGGUUGCUCCUUUGGUGCCACCCAGACCCAAGAAGGAGGAGAUCCUGAACCGGUGCUCCACCAUGACCCGUAAAGCAGCUGUCGAGACCAAAACCCGGCUCCAGAUAAGGCCUGAUUUGACCAUCCACACUCGCUUGUAGGGAUACAUUCCAAUUACUCCACACCGGAGUUAUAGUCUUCAUGAUUUACUCAUGGCAGUUCUCAUUCACUCUUUUUUGUAUUCUCCAUUUAACCUCUUUUGGUCCAAACAGAAGUAAGUGAGUAGGCCAAAUGUAUUUUUUUCCAAAUUUCAUCACUUCAGUGAUUGCACAAUUACCUGGCUGUACAAGAGAGGGAAUAUAAUGCAACUAACUUGAAAUCUGAUUCUACAGCACAGUGAAACCUGGGGGGGGUUGUCCGUUAAAUCCAAUUGUCUGUUAAAUUGAAGCACUUUUUUUGUGGCCUAAAAAGA